AUGCACCCUACAUUUGGGAGCGCAGUCGAAGGCAUCACCCUUUCCGCAUACUUCGGGAACCGAGUCGUCCAGUCCACAACCUCCGGCGGGCAUCUCGUGGCCGUCAAAGUCAAGCCGCGAACCUUUGCGAGAUCAGAGGCCAAAAUGAUGGGCUACGCCUCGCAGCAAGCUGGCCUUAAGGCCCCGCGGGUUCUGGGCUGCUACGAUGUCGAGGGAGGAGUUACUACAAUGGUCAGCGAUCUCGUACCUGGCGUUUCCCUGGAUCAGGUCUGGCAUAAGAUGAACGCGCAGCAGCAAGAGUCUAUCAAGACCCAGCUCAAGGAGCAAAUUCGUAUUUUCCGAACUUGUACCAAACCAUACAUUGGGCGUAUUGACCAUGAACUAACGCGCAAUUUUUACGACCGCCUCGGAAUUAGUUAUAUGGGUCCCUUUGAUUCCGAAGUUGAAUUCGAUGAAUGGUGCCUAGCACGGCUUAAAACUCCUAUAUCUCGCAUGAAAUGGAAAUACCUCGUGCCUUACAUGCGCGGUUCCGACUCGAAGAGAUUUGUGCUAACCCAUGGCGAUCUUGCCGCACAUAACAUCAUGGUCAACGAUGGGAUUAUUACAGGUAUUGUAGAUUGGGAACACUCGGGCUUCUUUCCAGAAUAUGUCGAGUACGCGGCUGCGACGGUGAUAUGCGAUUUUCAUGAGGAGUGGUGGAAGCCGGUGUUGAAAGAGAUCCUUGAGCCUUGCGGAUCGCAAAGAUUGAAGUUUCAGGGUUUGGUCAAGGAUCGAGGAUGGUGA